AUGACAAUACCAACUGUAGAGACCCCAAAUACAUUCGAAGGAAGAUUUGUUAAUCCCCCAGGGCCAGUUUUGGCGCCCAACGUCCUAGACCUUUUCUCAUUGAAGAACAAAGUCUGCGUUGUAACCGGAGCUGGCCGAGGAAUUGGCUACCACAUUGCAGAAGCCUACGCGCAAGCCGGUGGACGUAUAGCUAUUUGGGAUUACGAGGAACCAACGAAGGCAGCAGCCAAAAUCACUGAGAACACUGGUGCAGAAACAAAAUCCUACGGGUGUGACGUUGGAGAUCAGCAGAAGGUUAAAGAAACCGUCGAUCAAAUAGUCAAAGAUUUUGGAACCAUUGAUGUUUUUGUUGCGAAUGCUGGUAUCCAUAUUGUUACAGACGGAGUUAUUGAUACUCUGGAUGAGGAUGGGUCGAGAUGGUCUAAAGUUAUGAACGUUAAUCUCAAUGGAGUUUACAAUUGUUCGAAAGCAGUUGGUAGAGUAUUCAAAGAACGGGGGUCAGGAUCAUUGAUUUUUACCGGAUCUAUGUCUGGUCAUAUAGUGAAUAUACCAAUUCAUCAUGCAGCUUACAACACAAGCAAGGCGGGGGUUAUUCACUUUGCAAAGUGUCUUGCAAUGGAAUUCAAAGAUUUUGCCCGAGUCAAUACAGUUUCACCCGGAUACAUUGAUUCUGGAAUCAACAACCAUGUAGACCCCGCUCUACGUGAAACAUGGCAGAAAGAGAUUCCUCUUGGAAGAGAGGGAUAUCCCCGGGAAUUGAUUGGGGCCUACCUCUAUUUUGCUUCGGACGCAUCCACAUACGCCACUGGGUCGGACUUAAUUGUCGAUGGUGGCUACACCAUUCAUUAG